UUUGUGUUUUAUUUACAUAUUCAAUAUGGCUGCGCCCAUGGAAUUUCGACAAAAACAGAAAAUAAGUCAAAGAAAUAUAUAUACACUAUCAAACCAAUGAAUUUUUCCAUUUUAAAGUUUUAAAGUAGUAUGUCAAAAUACUGUAGAAUGUUUUACACUAAGGACUUUACACUGGUUUCAGAAAAAGAUACACACGGCACAAAAUGUGGCUUCAUCAGUUCUCUUACAGUUUGGAUAAACAAACCACACGUUGUAAAUCGUCGCCUAUGUGGAGCUAAAAUUGAUUAUUUUGCAUUUAUUGAGGAGCAGCAGUUGCAGACAAAGUUGAUAGAACUUACCAAUGGUGUUGAUCUUGGAGUAAAUGGGCAUGGAGAACAUGAUUUGCUUGAAAUUGACAAUUUGCAAGGAAUAACAGAAAAUGAGGUGGCAGUUAUUUCAAGAAAGCUGAUUCUUAAAUCUGCAAAGGACAUAAGUCAAGGCCCACAAACUGAAAUAAUUGUUGUUGAAAACAAGGAAAACUGUGUAAAAGCAUCAUUUUAUCAGAUAUCAAGAGUAGAUUCCAAAUUGGGCAACCCAGAACCAUCGUCUUAUCAGUUGUUGUUAACACAAGGAUCUGACGAAAGUAACAAAAUACAGCUAAAGAAAUUAAAAGACUCAGAACCAGUAAGCAGUGAUGACUUUGGAACCUUCGAGUGGAUGACCAACACACUACUUCCUAAACUCUGUAACUGGAGUGCUGAAUCUAAACUAAAGACAUCAGUUACCUCCCUUAGAUUGAUACCUAUAGAAGAAUAUAGCCAGAAAUAUCAAGAUUUGAAGGAAAAAUAUGGAAAACAUUUUGUGCAGAACUGGCCAGAAAGUACAGAUCCACAAAAGUUUGUUUAUGAAGAUAUUGCUAUUGCUUCAUAUUUACUUAUAUUAUGGAAGAAAGAAAGAGAGAAGAAGAAAUUAGAAUGUUUACAGUCAUUCGUUGAUCUAGGUUGUGGUAAUGGAUUACUGGUACAUUUACUGGCUUCUGAAGGUCAUUCAGGCAUAGGACUGGAUAUAAGAAAACGUAAGAUUUGGAACAUGUACGGCAAGGAGACAGUAUUAAAGGAGGUCACUGUAACACCAUCUGCAGAAAAUACAUUUCCAGAGUAUGAUUGGCUGAUUGGUAACCAUAGUGAUGAGCUGACACCAUGGAUGCCUGUAUUUGCAGCAAGAUCCAGUUACACAUGUAGAUAUUUUGUGUUACCUUGCUGUCAUUUUGACUUUGAUUGUAAGUUCAGCGGUAAGCAGCAAGGACUGAGUAAUUACAGAACAUAUUUGAAUUUUGUGAAGGAGGUGGGGGAGGUGUGUGGAUUUAAUGUGGAAGAGGAUACUCUGAGGAUUCCAUCCACCAAACGAGUAUGUUUUAUUGGACAAGACCGAACAUAUCCAAAAGAAGAAGAAUCAUUAAUUGAUGAUAGAAGAUCAAUUUAUAUCAGGACAAGAUCAAGUUCAAACCAGUCAUCAAACUCUGAAGCAGACGACCAGCAUAGUGCUAAAUACCAGAAACUUGACAAUGGACAAAAAUGGUCGAAAGAGUUUGAACCAAGGGAUCAGAGUAAAGAAAGGUCACGGAACUGUCAGAAUAUUGACAAGGAUAUAAAAAAUUUAAUUAUAAACACUGUAUUUAAGAAAGUGUUGGACUGUGAUAAAUCUGAAUUAAGACAUUCAUCUGAUGGUAGAAUAUGGCAUAAAGGAGGUUCCUUACCAUUAGGAGAAGUUGUCAAGUUAUUUGAGAAGGAUGUAUUGAAACAGCUGAAAUCUGAAUGUGGUGGGUUACAGACUCUACUGAAAAACCAUAACAGUAUAUUUCAUGUAUCAGGUGGCAGUGUACAGUUAAGAGACUUGAGUUUGGAAGAACCAUACAGUAAAAAGUCACAACUGUCAAAGAAAGACAAAAGCCAUUACUUUAAGACUUUACAAUGUUGGUUCUAUGCAAACCAUCCUGACGGGUGUCCAAGGACUGAGGUCACAUGUACUUUUGCACAUGGUGAAAAUGACGUUAAACAAAGUAUCUGUGAUAAAAAGCCUGAUGAUUAUUCUGUUGAUGAUGGGUGAAAUGAUUGUCAUUUUAAGUUGGAGAAAAUAAAU